AUGGCUGUCGUGAUUCGGUAUUUGGUAGAUCUUGGCUUGCCUAUUGAGGUUUGUGACCGAAAAGGGAAUACUCCAGUUCACUCCUGCAUAAAAUAUGGUUUAAAACGCAAGCGGUUUGAGAAAUGCUGCAAACUUUUGGUUUGUUUACUUGAAUCAAAUUUGGAGCUUCUUUACGUUCGAAACAACGAAGGAACAUCACCAUCAUAUCUUCUAGAGCAAUUAUGGCAAGAGUCAACACCAGAGGAACGCAAUAAAGGAGAUGCACUCGCUAGUUGUCGGAGCGUGAAGCGUGGAACUGGUGGGUCUCCUGUCGAAUGCUGGAUGCUGGAUGCGAUUUGGCAUCUGCAAUGUUAUUGGUCCGUGGUUGAAGCAAAAUAUGCUGCAGUCAAUUCUAAAUGGUUCUGA